AUGUCUACCUACACAGUUUUGGGUGCAACUGGCAACACCGGCAGAGCGCUCAUUGAGACUCUGCUACAAAAUCCAGAUGCCAAGGUUAAUGCCUUUUGCCGCAAUAGAAGAAAGCUCAUUCAACUCCUGCCACAAACUGAAUCAAACCCACAGAUUGAGAUAUUCGAAGGCGGUAUUAAUGACGUUUCACUUCUCGCUUUAGCUAUACAAGAGGCUUCAACUGUCUUUCUUGUUAUAUCAACGAACGACAAUGUCCCGGGAUACCGUGUCGGACAAGAUGUUGCCAUCAACGUUAUUCGUGCACUUGAAAAAUACAAAUUACAGUCUUCCAGUGGUGCAAAGCCACCAAAGCUCAUCCUCCUGUCGUCAGCCACGAUCGAUGACCAAUUAUCCCGCCAUACGCCGUAUAUUCUUCGGCAGAUCUUGCUCUUAUCCGCUUCUAAUGUCUAUAAUGACCUAAGAGAGACAGAAAGGAUUCUAAGGGCAGAGCAGAGUUGGCUAAUUACUAUUUUCAUCAAACCUGGAGCAUUGACCGUGGAUAGAAAAAGAGGUCAUGCACUAAGUUUCUCGGAGGAAUCGAGUCCUUUGUCAUAUCUCGACCUUGCAGCUGGGAUGAUUGAGGCAGCGGAUGCCGUUGAUGGACGCUUCGAUAUGCAAAACGUCGGGGUUGUGAAUACGACUGGGAGGGUGGCCACUAGUCCCUCGUCAUCUUCGGUAUGCGCAGAUUUCUUGAUCCCGGUCAAUAUCACCUCGCAGCAUGCCAUUCUUGAUAUUGAAAUUGGCGAUAACUGGGACGUGGAGGAUUAUAUCUUCAAUUCUACCCGUCGGGACUCCUUGACGACUUUCAAGCCCAUCAUCGGAGAGGUCAAUGCUUCUGCUGAGUACCGUAUCGGUGCUACCUUUUGUACUCCUAAAUCAAAGAUUAAUGCUACUGGGACUGCUUUACUUUUGACUCAUGGCUCAAUGGUAGAUCGGAAGUACUAUAUUCUAUCUUUGAUACCGCUGCAGAAAGACGUUUGCUGA